AUGCAGAAGCAGAUUGCAACACAACGCGAAGCGAUCAACCAGAACACGGCUGACAAAGAUGAACCGAAUGUGCUGGUAAGAAAAGAAAGGCUUAUCAACCUACUGAAUGAACAGCAGCCACCACGAGCAAAGGCAGUAUCGGAGGAACAGCAGAAGGCCUAUAAAGGUCUAGCCGAUAAAAUUAAAGACCUGGAAAAGCAGUUAGCUGCCAGAGCCGAUGCCUGCAACACUCCAAGUGCACCUAACGCUCCGACCACCAGCAGUGCCCCGAUCAAGAGAGCGCGAGCUUCAUCCAGCAGCUCCACGUCCAGUUCGGAUAGCGAUGUGGCAAUUGUGGAGGAAAAGAAGAAAGAGGUGGAUGCGUCUAAGGGCGCUGAGGUGGCUAAAAAGAAGAAGAAAGAAUAG